AAAUCUUAAAUAAAUGUAAACAACAGUUAUAAAUCAUACACAUGAUCUACAGUUAAUAUACCUUUGUUAACGCGGAAAACUUCAAUUGUUUUGUAUACAAUAGUUUUUUGAGUACAAAACAGUUUAAUAACAUGUUUAGAUUUAGUAUAUACCUACAGACUUGCAGAUUAUUAUUUAAGUGUUUGUACUCUUACUUGAUGUUGGAAGAGCAAAGACUAGAUUUUUAAAUUCAAUAAAAUGACGAAUAGUAAUUUUAAUUUGUAUUUCUUGGCACUUGUACUUUAUAUAACUAACAUACGUUCGGAAACUGAUUUAUAUACACAGUCGAGAAGACCACAUAAUAUAUUACGAACAUGUCAUCGAAGUGAUCCAAAUUUGAACGACUGUAUAAAAGGUGCCAUCGAAGACCUAAGACCGCAAUUGGCAAGAGGAAUCCCAGAAUUGUUUAUACCCUCCUGUGAACCACUUUGCAUACCUGAAAUUGUGAUGAACCAAGGUAACAAAGGAAGUGUCAGUGUACAAUCAAUUUAUCGAGAUAUUCGUGUGUAUGGUCCAAGUCAAUUUAUUUUAAAAAAUGUCAAAGUGGAUUUGGAAAAAGAGAGAAUUCGAAUAAAAGUAUGGUUACCUUUUCUGCAUAUGACAGCCAAUUACACAAUCGAAGGCAGAAUUUUAAUGUUACCCAUUUCUGGAGCUGGUCUAAGCGAGGGAAAUUAUACAAAUAUUGAAGCUAAUGUCCUCGUUCAAUGUAAUACUAUUCAAAUUGGAGGUAGAAAACACUUCAAUGUUCAAGAUGUAGCCAUUGAUUUUCAAAUCGGUCAUGCAAGUAUUUACCUCAGUGACUUGUUUGAAGGCGACAGGGAACUAGGUGAAGCGAUGAAUACGUUUUUAAAUGAUAAUUGGAGACAUGUUGCUCAAGAAUUCAAACCUAUUCUCGAAGAAACAAUUGGUGAUUUAUUCAAAAAAUUCGCCAACAAACUGUAUCACACAUAUUCAUUAGACGAAUUACUACCAAUUUAAGUAGUAUUGUGUAUUAAAAAAUAAUCAAUAAAUGAUGUGUAAA